ACCACGGCUUUCGUUUCUUGAUCAUCCACUCUCUCUUGCUUCCAGUAAACGCGUCCAGCCUUAUUCCAUCUCACCUCACCCCGAGUCCUCCUGACCGACAGACGCAUCCUCAUUUCUUUUCGUAUCCACGUGACUUCCACUUCACUCGAACCAUCUUCGAGCCGCCGCACUUCACCUUCACAUUUGAGAAACACGCUUCCGGACCGCCGACCAGCAGAGCGCUUCGCCAAUCCCCAGUCGUUAAUACCCCUCUAAUCAGCUUCUUUUACGGCUCUGUCGCAGCUUCUAAACCGCUACGCACAAGCCCGCCUCGAGUCGCCUCAAACCGCCGCCACAAGCGCGAACGCGCGGAUGCACCACAGCGCGCCUCGCGACAGCGGGAACCUGGGUUCUCACCAACUCUCUUCCGCGCUGGAGUAUCAUCCGCCCAUGGCUGCCGAGAGCAGCAGCAGCAGCAGCCACAGCGGCCAAUUUCGCGCUGUGCACCUCCCCCCUUCUUCUCUCAGCGUCUCGACUAGUUCGUCUACUUCUACGUCUGCUUCCACCGCCACCACCACCGCCGCCAACACCGCGACAGGCAGCAACGCCGGCAGCGGGCCCAUGCAUCCGUCCGCGGGGGAGUUCCCCCAGUCGCUCUCCGCCAUGCACUCUGCGCUUCCGCCCGCGGCCGUCCCCGCGCGGCUGUUCCCCGCGCAGUCUAUCUACCGCCCCGACUUCACGCAGUCGGACCGCUUCUAUCCCGCCGCCGCGAGCCGCUGGGGCGGCGGCGGCGGCGCGUGGGCGUCGGCCGAGGAGUGCUACGACGGGAUCGCGGAGGAGAACGAGGCCGCAUGGGCUGAAGACUCGCUCGACACCUACAUCGAUAGCCUCGACAACCCCCAGAAUGGGCUCGGGCUCGGUCCCGGGUACUACUACGACGGGCCUGCCGGAGCUGCUUUUAACGAAGACGCGGAGCCUGAACCCGCUGCUGCUGCGGCGACGUAUAAUUGGACCCAGAUCGAGGAGUCAUGUCGGCGCAUGGAGCAGCAGCACAUGCGCAUCAUGGAGGUGGACCUCACGUGCAUCGGCGACGGCAACGGUGGCGAGCAGGUGCUCUACGAGUUCACCUUCGAGGAGACGGACGACAACGAUGCUGCUGCUGCUGCUGCUGCUGAUGAUGAUGCUGCUGAUGGUGCUGCUGCUGCUGGUCCUGAUGUUGCUACCGGCGACGGAACAGCAGCAGCGGAGGAGCACGUCGUCGCCGCCAAGCAACCGGGAGGCGACAACCGCGAACACUACCACGACCACGACCACGACCACGAGCCGUGGUACUUCGGACGCGAAAGCGCCAAGGCCGGCGCUGACGGGCCAAGGAGCAUGAACCCGUCUGCUGGCAGCGGCAACAGCAGCGGAAGUAACAGCAGCAAUAGCAGGAGCGGCAGCGACGGGCUCGGAGGAGGCCGGCUGAGCAUGGAUGGAGCGCGGGGGGCGGCGCUUGCAGACGGCGCUGCUGAUGGUGCCGGAUCUGUUUCUGGCUCUGCGUCUGGGUCGCCUAAGACCGUGCUGCCCGCACCGGGCAGAGGCUCUGUGUCUUCUGGUCACGGCCGACGCGGUGGCGGUAAGAGCAGCAGCGGCGGUGGCAGCAACAACGGCAAGAGCAGCAGCAGUGGCGGCAGUGCAAGCGGCACAUAUCAGGCGUCGCUGCUGAGUGGCCUGUUCCGCAACAUCAAGCGUCGCUGCUCCGCUGUGCUCUUCUCCCCGUCCUCCUCCUUCUCCUCCUCCUCCUCCACCUCCUCUGCUGCUGCUGCUGCUGCAGCUGCUGGUGUUAUGGGCGGCAGUGUUGCUCCUGCUGUGCCUGCUGCCAGCAGAUUGAGCAGUGAGGCCAAGGCGGUGCAAGGCAGCAUCAAACAGAGGGUGUUUGGAGCGGCUGGGGGCAGGUGGAGGCGCAGCAAGGGGCCCAGGCUGCAGCGCUGCAACAGCCUGUCAUAACUUCUCCCAUCUGCAGUCGUUGCAGUGCUUGCAGUGCCUGCAGUGGUUGCAGUAACUACUUGAACAGUCUUCUAGUUGCCCUGUGGAGCUCUUUGGUCUAUUCUGUGACGACAAACCUGCAGACCCUAUUCUGCAGCUGACCUAUUUUCCAGGGCAACCCACCAACCAUCUACGGUUCCUGUAACAUGGAGGGUAAAGUCCCCCUUCCUCCUCUUCCUCUUCUUUCUUCAGCAGCAGCUGCCAGUCUUAGCUAGCUGCCUGUUGCCGGUCUUCUCUCUCAGCUCCAGUCACGUGUGAGUCCCUCAAUUCAUUCGAGCCCCACUGGGGCUUGUGUUGGUCCGGGAUGGGAAGUCACCCAGUGAGGCUAGCUUAGCGCCUCACCACUUUUCUGUUGCCGACAGCAGAAUCCUGACAGGCUACUGUACUGUGCUGCUAGUGCCAGUGCCAGCGCCACUGCUAGUGCCAAAGCCAGUGUUAGCCAGUGAGACUACACGACUUUUCUGUUGGCAUCAGGUCUUCGACAACGUACUCUUCCUUCCUGGUGCCUAAUGAUGCAGCCACAUGCAGGGGCUUGCCUUUUUCCCAAGCAUGCGACCAUAGUGCAUGGUAGAAUACUGGUAUGAUUCUAUGCGUGCACUGACAGCAUGAUUGGAGCUAUUAUAUUGCUUUCUAGUUGCUUUCACUUUUGCUUUCACAGUGUGCAAUUAGAUUUUUAUGUGUUAACUAAUUUUU